UUGCCCAGUUGAAUAGGGUUGUGCAAUAAAUCACCUUGUCUACACAUCCGCCCGCACACAACUCACACACACACACACAUGCCCACGCAUACACACAUACACACAUAUCCGCACACACGUACGUCCGCCUCCUCCCUCACCCAUUUCUCGUACCUAUCUAUCGCUCCCCCUCUCUAUCGCUCCCUCCAUCUCUCGCGGGCUCGCUCUAUCUCUCGCUUCGUACCACUCCGUCAUCAUGGGCAGCGCGCCGCAGCCCACCAAGUCUCCUGCGCCGAGCCCCGCCAAGGGGAAGGCUGCUGCGACUAAGAAGACUUCCGGAGGCGUCACGAAGCGAGCUGGCCGCAAACCUGCCGCCAAGAAGGCAACCCGCGGUAAGGGACGGGGCCAGAAGAAGUCUUACCCUGAACCCUUUGCCCAGGCGUCCUACGAGCGCCAGCGAGAGCUGCGGGAUCUCUUUUCGCAGGUGUCGAUAGCCCUCAAGCCGGCUCUCGACGAGAUAGCCGAUCAGACGAUCAAGGCCCUCACCCAAGAUAUCGAUGCACACAAAGCCGUUCCCGAGUAUGAAAUACUCCAGCGGCAAUUGGACGGCCAGCUUCAGAAUGUUAUCGAGGCUGCCGACAAAGAGCUUCAUAUGCGAGUGAAGAUCACCGAUCGUGAACACGCCCUCGAAAACACCCGUACCGAGAGGGCCUUCAUGGAUUCCUACGAUUACCGAACCGAGGAGUUCUACGAUGGUGCGCUGAACCGCACUAGUAUCUUGGCCGAGCUUCGCCGUGAAGGUCGAGCCCUCGAUACUCCUGAUUUGACUUACAACUACGUCGAGCCUUCGGCGUUGCCUGUCGUUAUGGAAUCGGAUGGAUCUGAGGCUGCUGCUGAGGACCAAGGCCGCAAGACAAAGCUGACCGGGAAGCGGAGAGUGGAUGACCAGUCCGAUGGACGUACAGACUCAAAGAAGCCACGACACGUCGCCGGCUUGCUCUCUUCCGAAAAGGAGCCUGAUGGAAGGCCUGAAUCCCGCGAGCCGUCGCCCUCCGCGCUGGAUGACCAGGAGUCGGGGGUCUCCAACGGAAAAGACUUCCCCGAUCUUCCCAAUGGCGCGUCCGAGGCCGACGAAUGGGGCGUCCGGGCUGUGAACCGACGCGCUAAGAGUCCGUAUAAUCGCUUCAUCGUCCCGCAGACGUUCCAGUUCGAAGACCACGAAAUAGGUUUUCGGGACUCGACAAACGACUCCACCCGGAAGGCCACGCGUGCUACGAGAGGCCGAUUCUUGAACGAGCCAAACUCGCGUAACUUUCAUUGGGACCAUACAGUUAGAGACUACGAUUGCCGUGAAUAUAAGGAAGAUGCGCUAGACACUGCCCUUACCAAAAAGCACGUCUUGCACCCCCGCUAUGGAUUCCCGAUGCCUGACUCCGAAAACGAGGCGGAGCCGCCGGGUGAACGCGUCGAUGGGACGCGGCCUGUGGUCGUCGUGCCUAGUGCCACCGUCACUAUCCAUGCCUCUCGCUCAGUCAGACCGAAGAAGAUGGACAACAUGCUCAAGGAGGAUGCCACCAAGAGCACCACGGCGAUGAUGCUCGCCGACUUUUGUGCCAAGGAAGGCAUUAAUCCCGAUGAAAUCGUCACUGAUGAAAUGCGCGACCGUGAACGUCAAGCACGCGAGAGACUAACGCUCCCCCCGGAUGAAGACGACAACGGCAGCGGCGACAACGGUGACGGCGGCGAGGCUGCUGUCGAGGAGCACAGCCCUCGCCUAUCGAUAGAGGCCUAUAACGGUCUGGUUCGGGAGCACGUGAAUAUGCUCUUACAGGCCGCCUCUCAACUAGAGCAGGACAAGCCAGCUCCGCCCACGUCAACCCAGCGCUCGUCCCGGCCAUAUGAUGCGGUGCGAGAUGUGUUUACCAGUGCCGAGCCAGCUCCUGCACGCCCAGAGUUGCCUAUGGAAGGCCACCCCCACGGGCUCUCUAUCCUCGCGGACGCGGCACUCGGUGGUUCUCAGCAGCUAAUCCACACAGACGUGGCCGCUACAAGCGAUUCAUCCAUGAUAGAUCCCCGCCUGCUCGGCCUGUUUAACCCGCCACCCCAACCCAACGCGUUCUUACAGACGGCGUUGAAUCCCUCGCCGUCUUUUGCCCACAUCGCGCCGUCCCCUGCUUCCUCGAUGGAGCCGAUGCAGCCGACCGUCUCCUCCCGUAUUCCCUUUACGGGCCAGGCCAACGCCAGAGACAGCCCAAUUCUCCCACCCCUCCGCCCGAACAGAUCUGACGGCCUGGGUAAAGGGUCGAACGGACCGCCGCUGCAACAACCUCCGCCUCCCCCUAUUCACCGACCCCAGGAAUUUGGUUCCCCCCACGGGCUGCUCCAUACGAACUCGGGAAAUUUUUAUCCUCCGGCCCCGUCGCGAGCCUACCACCAGAGCUAUUCGUUUCACGAACCGGCGUUGAUGCCGGUACCUCAGCAAGUCCAACCCUUCGCCGGGCCCGGUAUGAUCGUAAACCCACACGCACCGCCUCCUCACCUGGCCGGCUAUCCGGUGAUGUCUUCGUCUCUGCAGGGUCAGCCACACAUGGGUUCUAUGUCGUCGCAGAUGGAGAUUCCCCAGCCUUCGGUAUCACCACCAGGCCCGCCCAUGCUAGGUCCGUCUUCGCCGAUGCAUACCCCACGCCAUCGAGCAUCGAUGGCGUCCAACGGGUCCGGGUCCGGAUCUGGAAAAUACCGGAAGAUCGCCGCCGCCCCUAUCCCCCAUAACCGUCCGUGGCCGGGCAAUGGUGCCACCGAGCUAAGACUUGCCCACUACGACCACAAGGAAGCCAUCAAGGACUAUAGAGCCAACGAACCGCCCCCGCGGAGCGGUCCUACCACCAUACGAGGGUGGAAUGUCAACAAUGGCUCCAAGGGCCGGAAUAGGAGCGUUAAAAAAGAGGAUUCAGAGGAGAAGGAUUCUCCUAAGUAGGUCCUUUUAAAGACGAUUCUUUGAAGGCUGUCAUAUUGAUUAUUAUCAUUUCGCAGCAUGAUAUCUCCAUUUAUUAGCAAGUGGAGCGCCUCGGAUCGAGGCUGAGGGCGUUCGACACCCACAUCCAUCCUCUCACAUCUCGAGCUGGCGAAGUCGGCGGGUGAACGGACGCACACAUGGUUUCGCC